GUAAUAAUAAAAUCGUAAAUGUGAAGAGCUACCAUGUGAUUUUCGAAAAAAAUCUUCUCUUCUCGCCGCCUUUGAAUGUCCGAGGGCUGUGAAUUGCUUGAUAGGGUACAGCUCACGAUUCCUCGCCAACGCCCUAUCUGCAGUCGCGAGGACCGCAACAUGUAUUGCCAAACGCGUUCUGAGGGCGACUUUGGAGACCUGUUCUUCGCUUUUCUUGACAAUGGCUUACCCAACCAAAGCAGCGAAGCGCACAGCGCCAAGCGAAGAAAACGUGGAAUCGGUUUUUGAGCUAGACGCCAAAAAGCAAGUCACUGUUCGCAAGUUCAACGGCAUCAACUUGGUGGACAUCCGCGAGUUUUACAUCGAUAAAAACACACAAGAGAAAAAACCGGGGAAAAAGGGAAUCUCCCUAACAGCUGCGCUGUGGAGGAAGUUGCUUGAUCAAAAGGAUGAAAUCGACAAGGCUUUGGGCGCAUUGGAUGGGGAACCUAAGAAGGCAAAGAAAGAUGAAAGCUCCAUGCCGGCAGACGGUGGCAAUGAAGCUAAGGCAGAGGAAUCGGAAGCCCAAGGCGAGGAAAAAUGAUCCUGAAAUCUCCUGGGAUUGAGCGACCGUUAGAUGCACUUGCCGGGCGCAGAGGAACAAAAAUCAAUAGAAAUUGAAAACAAAAGACAAUCAAGGCGGAAUGCUUCAUCCCGCCAAUCCGCUGAGUUAGUAGUCUGACACUUAUUGUACGCGGGA